UAAAUCCAGCCGCACAGUCCCGUGCCCCCGAGGAGGGGGCGGGCGGCGAUUGGCGCCGGCGCGGCCACGUGCCCGCGCGUCACCGGGGCCGGGAGGAAAAAGGCUCCUUUUUGGUGUAAAUCUGGACUCUAAUUCCGUAAUAUAUCACGGUACCUCGUAAAACCGACACUAAAACGUCCCGACCUACAAAUCACCCGGCCAAAUUAUGAGUUCAUUGUAUUAUGCGAAUGCUUUAUUUUCUAAAUAUCAAGCCGCGAGUUCGGUUUUCCCAUCCGGAGUCUUUCCCGAGCAAACUUCUUGCGCUUUCGCCUCCAACAGCCAACGCGCGGGCUAUGGGGCCGCAUCCACGCCUCCCUUCGCCGCCUCCAUGCCCGGCCUCUACUCCGGCGGCAGCUCCGUGCACCCCCAGCCCCCCAGCAUGUACCCCUCGGGCUACGGCCUGGAGCCGGGCUCCUUCAACAUGCACUGCUCCCCUUUCGAGCAAAACCUCUCCGUGAUGUGCCCGGGAGACGCCUCCAAGCCGAGCUGCGGCAAAGCGGACCAGAGGGACCCGGAGCUGCCCGGCGACGGCAACUUCCGAAUCUACCCCUGGAUGAGGAGCUCAGGGACGGACAGGAAACGCGGCCGGCAGACCUACACCAGGUACCAGACGCUGGAGCUGGAGAAGGAGUUCCACUACAACCGCUACCUGACGCGGAGGAGGCGCAUCGAGAUCGCCCACGCGCUGUGCCUGACCGAGCGGCAGAUCAAGAUCUGGUUCCAGAACCGCCGCAUGAAGUGGAAGAAGGAGAACAAGAGCGCCUGCCCCGGCUCCGGAGGGCAGGAAAAGGCAGAGGCCGAGGAGGACGAGGAGGAGUGAGGUGGAUGCAGGAAGCGGGAGAAAAAGGGAAAAGAAAAGGGGGGGGAACAGGAGAAACACGCGUUGAAAAACAACAACAAAAAAAGGACUAAACAUAAAAAUAAAUGCUGAGCGCAUCGGUAAUUCAACCCCUAGGAGCGAUACCUUGUGUUUGAUGACACUGAGAAGAAAUACUACCUAUCUUAGAGCCUCUUUUGGUUGGUUUUUGUUUUGGGUUAUUUUCUUUUUGUACGAUAGAACAUCUACCUAUUGAAUGUGGCUUUAGAGUCGGGAGAGACGCGCUUUUCCUCUGGGCGCCUUCCCCUAGCAGCAGUAAUUCGUAAAUCGCUGGCAUUUGUACUUGGCUGUGUACCGGGGAUUAUUUUUUAUUUUUUGGGGGGGGGUUUAUGAAGUAUCGUGGUCGUGUUUAGCACCUUUAAUUUAGAAAAUGUGACCCGAAAGCCUGGAUGCGAAUUCCACUUAGCGCGUAGAGCCCUUGUACAUAAUAUGAAUUAUUAUUAUUAUUAAUAUUAUUAUUCUUCCUCCCCGGAACCUCGGUGCUUCUCUUCUCCUCGCGAUGCUCUUUUGUCUGUGGAUAUUUUUACCUUCGUCGUUCGAGCCUCUGCGGGGUGGUGGGGGGGGAAAAAAAGAAUUAAAAAAAUUUAAAAAAAAAAAAGAGAAAAAGCGGAGGAAUUAAUAUCGUGCUACGUCAAAUGUUGUAUAUCAAAGUAGCGAAUUAUUUAAUGGCGGCGCGUGGCUUUUUUGUUAUUAAUGAUUAUUAUUAUUGUUAUUAUUAUUAUUAUUUUCCUUCGUCUGUGAUUAUUAUUCUUCGAAAUAAAAAGGAGAUCUCCACCAACCCCCCGCGCGUUGGGUGCCUCCCUCUUUGGCUCAUUAAAAACGACAAAAAAACCAAACA